AUGCAGCAGCCCUUGAAUUACCAAUACCCCCAAAUCUACUGGGUGGACAGCAAUGCCAGCUCUCCAUGGGCCUCUUCAGGGUCCGUCUUCCCCUGUCCAUCUUCUGCGCCUCGGAGGCCGGGGCAAAGGAGGCCACCACCACCACCACCUUCAACACUACCACCGCCACCACUGCCACCACUGCCACCACCACUGCUGCCUGCACCACCAUCUCUGCUGCCUGCACUACCACCACAACCUCUGAAGAAGAAGAGGGACCACAACACAGGCCUGUGCCUCCUUGUGAUGUUUUUCAUGGUUCUGGUGGCACUGGUUGGAUUGGGCUUGGGGAUGUUUCAGCUCUUCCACCUGCAGAAGGAACUGGCUGAACUCAGAGAGUCCUCCGGUCAAAAGCACAUUGAAUCAUCUUUGGAGAAGCAAGUAGGUAACCCAAGUCCACCCUCUGAAAAAACGGAGCGGAGAAAAGUGGCCCAUUUAACAGGAAAGCACGGCUCAAGAUCCAUCCCUCUGGAAUGGGAAGAUACCUAUGGAGUUGCCCUAGUCUCUGGGGUGAAAUAUAAGAAGGGCAGCCUUGUAAUCAAUGACACGGGGCUGUACUUUGUAUAUUCCAAAGUGUACUUCCGGGGUCAGUACUGCACCAACGAACCCCUGAACCACAAGGUCUAUGCAAGGAACUCUAUUUAUCCCCAGGACUUGGUGCUGAUGGAGGAGAGGAUGAUGAAUUACUGCAUGAAUGGACAGAUGUGGGCCCGCAGCAGCUACCUGGGGGCAGUGUUUAAUCUCACCAGUGCCGACCAUCUGUAUGUCAAUGUAUCUACGCUUUCCCUUGUCAAUUUUGAGGAGUCCAAGACAUUUUUUGGCUUAUAUAAGCUCUAG